AUGAACAUCAAAGAUUAUGCUUCUGGUGGAAUUUACAACUGGAAUAUAUUAGAGCCUGGAUCUAGUUUUCAAUACAAGUCUUCGGGCAAUCCUCGUACUUGUGAUACUGCAGAUGGGGAAAAUUGGUUUGAACCUAUUUUAGGUAGCAAGUGGUAUGACGACCAGCGAGUUGCAGAGGUUUCAACUAGAAGUGGCAGGAGGAAGCAUACGACUCAUCAUGUCUCUCCGCUUCCAUUAUCUGGAGGGGGUUCUCUUGCUGAUACUCCUGGAUUUAACCAGCCUAGUUUAUUGAAAGUGACAAAGCAAUCUAUUGCACAAACUUUUCCCGAAGUUAGUAUCUCUUGCACAAACUCUUGUAAAGUAUUUGGUAACUAAUACACUAUUCUUUUCAGGUUAAGGACAGGAGAUAUGGGUUCUCAGCAAGCAGAGCCACGUUUGGUGCUUAAGAAGCAUAGAAGACAGUCUCGGAAGAAGACUAACCAAUCAAUUUUAGAUGAUCUUGAUGAUGACGACAAUUUGCUUGAUGAGGAGAACGAUCCCCUUUUAAAUGCUUUGAGGAAUGAAAAUCCUUAAAUUUUUCGUUAAUCCCCGUUAUACUGAUUGUAAAUAUUUCCUUUCGGCUUGUAUCUCUGGGUCAAGUGAGUUCCCAUUAGUUUCGAUCCGAGUCUUCUGUCACUUUGGUUCUAUCUUGUACAGAGUAUGUGCAAAUGACAUUAACAAACACACCGAUCUGGAUUAUGAUGUUCCUUGCUGAUUGCAUAUAAAUGAA